AUCGGCGGCAGACGAAGAAGGAGGAGCUUCGUCCACCCAGGACCCGGUGCCCCCAAGCCUCGCCGCCACCAAGGGCUUCCACCACAGACCCCUUUGUGUGCCUGCCCCCGCCUCGGAGGCGCCCCAGCCAGCGGCGCUGAGCACCCUCAUUGGUUCAACCGACAACUUCAUCGAUUGGCUCUCGAGUCGUCCGGCGUGGUCCGUUUUGCCUCGAUACUAUUGGUCAUCUGAGCUGCCUGUCAAGCCGCCUCGCCAAGCGAUUGCCCCGCAGCUCGGAGUCCCUGGAAGCAGUUCCGGGAAACCCCGCGUGCUGCCGGGAUCGCGUCUCUGUCCAUGAGGGGGGGGAGGGGGUGGCGCGCGCGCCAUUUCUAGUCGUUUUCAAAGCGCCUCGCGCUGAUUCUCACGGGCCCGGCCGCCGGCCCCCGCUCUGCCCUGCAGCAUAAUAAAAUGGCUAAUCAGGUGAAUGGUAAUGCGGUACAGUUAAAAGAAGAGGAAGAACCAAUGGAUACUUCCAGUGUAACUCACACAGAACACUACAAGACACUGAUAGAGGCAGGCCUCCCACAGAAGGUGGCAGAAAGACUUGAUGAAAUAUUUCAGACAGGAUUGGUAGCUUAUGUCGAUCUUGAUGAAAGAGCAAUUGAUGCUCUCAGGGAAUUUAAUGAAGAAGGAGCUCUGUCUGUACUACAGCAGUUUAAGGAAAGUGACUUAUCACAUGUUCAGAACAAAAGUGCAUUUUUAUGUGGAGUUAUGAAGACCUACAGGCAGAGAGAGAAACAGGGGAGCAAGGUGCAAGAGUCCACAAAGGGACCUGAUGAAGCAAAGAUCAAGGCCUUGCUUGAGAGAACUGGUUAUACUCUGGAUGUAACCACAGGACAGAGGAAGUAUGGUGGUCCUCCACCAGACAGUGUGUACUCUGGCGUGCAACCUGGAAUUGGAACAGAGGUGUUUGUAGGCAAAAUACCAAGAGAUUUAUAUGAGGAUGAGUUGGUGCCCCUUUUUGAGAAGGCCGGACCCAUUUGGGAUCUACGUCUUAUGAUGGAUCCACUGUCUGGUCAGAAUAGAGGGUAUGCAUUUAUCACCUUCUGUGGAAAGGAAGCUGCACAGGAAGCCGUGAAACUGUGUGACAGCUAUGAAAUUCGCCCUGGUAAACACCUUGGAGUGUGCAUUUCUGUGGCAAACAACAGACUUUUUGUUGGAUCCAUUCCGAAGAAUAAGACUAAAGAAAACAUUUUGGAAGAAUUCAGUAAAGUCACAGGUUUAACAGAGGGUUUGGUGGACGUUAUUCUCUAUCAUCAACCCGAUGACAAAAAGAAGAAUCGGGGGUUCUGCUUCCUUGAAUAUGAGGAUCACAAGUCAGCAGCACAAGCCAGACGCCGGCUGAUGAGUGGAAAAGUAAAAGUGUGGGGAAAUGUAGUUACAGUUGAAUGGGCUGACCCUGUGGAAGAACCAGAUCCAGAAGUCAUGGCUAAGGUAAAAGUUUUGUUUGUGAGAAACUUGGCUACUACAGUGACAGAAGAAAUAUUGGAAAAGUCAUUUUCUGAAUUUGGAAAACUCGAAAGAGUAAAGAAGUUGAAAGAUUAUGCAUUUGUUCAUUUUGAAGACAGAGGAGCAGCUGUUAAGGCUAUGGAUGAAAUGAAUGGCAAAGAAAUAGAAGGGGAAGAAAUUGAAAUAGUCUUAGCCAAGCCACCAGACAAGAAAAGGAAAGAGCGCCAAGCUGCUAGACAGGCCUCCAGAAGUACUGCGUAUGAAGAUUAUUACUACCACCCUCCUCCUCGCAUGCCACCUCCAAUUAGAGGUCGGGGUCGUGGUGGGGGGAGAGGUGGAUACGGCUACCCUCCAGAUUACUAUGGCUAUGAAGAUUACUAUGAUGAUUACUAUGGUUAUGAUUAUCACGACUAUCGUGGAGGCUAUGAAGAUCCCUACUACGGCUAUGAUGAUGGCUAUGCAGUAAGAGGAAGAGGAGGAGGAAGGGGAGGGCGAGGUGCUCCACCACCACCAAGGGGGAGGGGAGCACCACCUCCAAGAGGUAGAGCUGGCUAUUCACAGAGGGGGGCACCUUUGGGACCACCAAGAGGCUCUAGGGGUGGCAGAGGGGGUCCUGCUCAACAGCAGAGAGGCCGUGGUUCCCGUGGAUCUCGGGGCAAUCGUGGGGGCAAUGUAGGAGGCAAGAGAAAGGCAGAUGGGUACAACCAACCUGAUUCCAAGCGUCGUCAGACCAACAACCAACAGAACUGGGGUUCCCAACCCAUCGCUCAGCAGCCGCUUCAGCAAGGUGGUGACUAUUCUGGUAACUAUGGUUACAAUAAUGACAACCAGGAAUUUUAUCAGGAUACUUAUGGGCAACAGUGGAAGUAGACAAGUAAGGGCUUGAAAAUGAUACUGGCAAGAUACGAUUGGCUCUAGAUCUACAUUCUUCAAAAAAAAAAAUUGGCUUAACUGUUUCAUCUUUAAGUAGCAUUUUGCUGCCAUUUGUAUUGGGCUGAAGAAAUCACUAUUGUGUAUAUACUCAAGUCUUUUUAUUUUUCCUCUUUUCAUAAAUGCUCUUGGACAUUAUUGGGCUUGCAGAGUUCCCUUAUUCUGGGGAUUACAAUGCUUUUAUCGUUUCAGGCUUCAUUUUAGCUUCAAAACAAGCUGGGCACACUGUUAAAUCAUGAUUUUGCAGAACCUUUGGUUUUGGACAGUUUCAUUUUUUUGGAUUUGGGAUAGAUUACAUAGGAGUAUGGAGUAUGCUGUAAAUAAAAAUACAAGCUAGUGCUUUGUCUUAGUAGUUUUAAGAAAUUAAAGCAAACAAAUUUAAGUUUUCUUGUAUUGAAAAUAACCUAUGAUUGUAUGUUUUGCAUUCCUAGAAGUAGGUUAACUGUGUUUUUAAAUUGUUAUAACUUCACACCUUUUUGAAAUCUGCCCUACAAAAUUUGUUUGGCUUAAACGUCAAAAGCCGUGACAAUUUGUUCUUUGAUGUGAUUGUAUUUCCAAUUUCUUGUUCAUGUAAGAUUUCAAUAAAACUAAAAAAUCUAUUCAAAACAUUACCUAUUUCAAAUUCAAUUGUGUCCUAAAACAUUAUUUUAUUCGUAAUCCUUGCAAGGAAUAUUGUUUUCAAAGUAUAACUGCCUAUGUGAGUGAUCAAAUUCAUGCAAAAUUUCUUGUCUAUUCCAACAUGUAUUGUGGAUAUUAGACUGAGGAUUAGUCUAAAUUCAAGUAUUUAUUCCAAUUAGCACUUCAUUGAUUGGUGUUCUCUCAUAGUCUCUUCUAAUUUUGAAAUUUUAUCUUUUAUUUAAAAAAAAAACAGGUUCAUAGACUUUUGAGCAUUCUUGCAGGCAUUGGAUAAUUUGCGUUAAAACAAAUAAAAUGUGGCUGGGAAAGCAGACUGCAAUCUAUUUUGACCCACAUUCUUUAUAAGGGAUAAUUUGUGACUGAAGACCUUAUUUGCUGGAUAAGUGAAUGUACAACAUACAGGGAAAACUGUUAGUACUGUGGCGUCAAUUGCACUGCGGACUUUAGUUUUAGUAAAUUGUGAUUGUGACUACCAUUUCAGUUACUGGUUUAGGAAUAUAAUUUCCUAUUACUAUGUAAAUUUGCUUUGAGAAACAUUCAUGCCUUGUAAGAGAGGCUUAAAAAUAUCCAGUAGUAAUACCUCUGACUUUCUGUUAACACCUCGUUUAUUUUUAUUUAUCUGCUAUCCCUGAUGCCUAUAUUUUUUGUUGGCCAAGACAUAACAUCUAUUUCCCUAUUUCCUUGAGAAAUUCUGAUUUAUUCUAAUGACUUUUUGCUUGAGAAUGAGAGGAACAAAAUAAUCUAAGCUUUAUGGUACAGAAAAGUCUGAAUCACUUUCAAAUUACUAUUAAGUUUUCCCCUCCAUCUUAUUCUUACGUGGUUCUCAAAUGUUUUUAUAAUGAUAAAAAUAUCAGAAGCCAUUGGGGAAUAAUUAAAAUGGAUACACCAUUAUUCUGUGUUUUGUUCCUGUUUGGUGUCUUUGUGAUAGGAAUAUUAGAUUUCAAAAUCAUAAGCCGCUUAAUUCCGUGUAAUCUUGGUUAGAUCAUACUGGGUUUCAUGGCUUCUUUUCGUUCAAAUAAGAUUAAUAUUUACUGAUGAAAGUCAAUAUGUUUCAUUUCUUUUUCAAAGUACACUCAUUACGCAGUAUAGUCAUUUAACAGACCUUAUUGAUAUUUUAGUUUUUUGGAAACUGAUAAAGGAAUUAUGGUCUGUUGUUGUAUGAUAGUUUUGAGUUAACAUGGGUAUUUCUUUGGUAAGACAGAUCCAGUUGUUUUUCUUAUGCCCAUGUAUGUAAGUAAAGACACCAAACAUUCUUUAAAUGCUGCUUUUAAACUUUGAAAAUACAAUUUGAAGUUGUAACUAUACAUCUAAUUAGACUUAAGUAAAACCCUGAUUUUUUUCUUGGAAAGAACAAAAUCUACAAAUAAAAUUUGAGUUGUUUGUAUUUCUUAAUUAGGUGUUACAAGCUACAAAGUUGUCAUAAAGAAUAUUAAGAAUGGGGAUAGAAAUGAUUCUGAGAAAGCAUAAACCCUCGCAAAAACAUAAGAUUAAAACUUGGGUUCCAUGUCAAAAUCCUUUCCUUUAAUUACAAAUUAUAUUUUGAAUUUUAAAGUGGCCACCUCCUCCUCUGUCCUUUUCUCUAAUUAAAAAUAUAUUUGCAGAGGUACCCUUUAAUUUUUGGUUUAGAGGUUUUGUGGCUAUUUAAAAUUGUAAAACAUAAUCCUGUAAACAUUAAAAUUCAAGAGCUUUUCUUCUUCCAUGUCUUAUAAACUGUAGCAGCAUUCAGAGAAAAUAGAUUCAGAGCUCAACUUUUCACAUAAAUAAAUCUGACAGUGUAAUAUAUAAACCUGAAAAAUGUCAAUUGAGGGAGGUCUUUAUUCUAGAUUGGCAUUUUUAAAAAAAAUAGGUACAAAUUAUGAGUUCUAAGGAACUCGGUUUCCUGCUCUCCUGUCUUUCCAUCUUUUUUGUUCCCCAAGCUAAUUGAUUUGGCUUUAUUUAUGAGCCUGUUACAGUAAAGUGUGUGUUGGGAAAUAUAUUGAGGUGUAGAACUAUUCUUUGUAGGUACCCUUGUGAGACUGAUACAGAUAUGCUCCUCCCCAUAAUGGAAUACUAAUUUUUAUUUGAUCACUCAUUUAUAGCAGUUGCUUAAAUGUAUGUAUUUAUAUGAAGGUAUUUUAAUUUUUAAGAGCAAAAAAGUUCUAAUAAGUUUCCAGAUUUCUAAUAAAUCCAGGUUUAUUUGGUGAAAAGAUAAGGAAAAUGAGUUAUGAUUCUAUAGUUUUUUUUAAAAUGAAUUCAGCAUAAUUGUUUUUCAGGUUUUUUUAGUUACUGGGGUUAUUCUGCAUAAGAAAGCCCAAUGCUUUCUGAUAGUAGGAGAUAAUUUUUCUCUCUUUUGACUUUGAAAUCUGACUUAGGAGAUGAAUUCUUUUUAAACAGGUCAGCAUGCAA